AUGGCUUCGACAAAGCUGCGACGGGAUUUCAGUAGUCUUAUGGUCUCAGGCAGGCCAAUGCAAUUAGGAGAUAGGUUUGUCCCUCAGCUGACGAUGCGUCGCAUCUAUAGUACCAAGGGGUUGCAAGCUGAACGCUACCGGCAUGAGAUCGCCAAUCACUAUCGCGACUAUAAGAUGCAACCCCAGCAGAGCAUUUUUCAGCGCCGUCGUCGCCGGCCGAUGCCAUGUCGUCCACGACAAGCGGCGUCAUUAAAGUCCCAAUAUGCCCAGUAUCGUGGGGUGCUGCCCACGCAUGUGCACUACUUUCCCAGAUUCGCCGAUACGUAUGCGCCCCGUGGGCGACAAACUAUUUGCACUGCCGAGCCACCGGACGAAACGUACAACGACGCGGUGCGUCGCAUAAGAAGUGCACAGAGUUGUGAGGAAUUGAAGGUGCUUGUAGAGCCAGCGGGAACGACAACGACAAUUAGAGCAAGUGGGCAGCGGCAACGACAACAACAACGACAAAGACGACAAAGCGGUAAAAGAGCGGAGACUACGACUACAAAGCCGUGGAGGAGGAGGGGGAGGAGGGAACGGCAUGAGAGCGAUGACGACAACGAGGCGGCUAACGACAAUAGUCUUCAGCUUGGUCAUGGCGAUGGCAGUGCCGGUAGCCGUGGUAGUUAUGAGCAUCAGCUGCUAAAUAUUAAUACGGCAAAGGUGGAAAACCUACAACGGCCAACAGCGGCUCACAAAAAUAACAACAAUAGCAACAACAACAGUGUGCAACGCGUUGACUUCUACACAUACUUGCAACUGGCCAGCGCGUACUAUGAACAGGGGUUGCAUGCCAAUAUCAAGUACUUGCAAUCGAUUGGGGCGCGUAAUGCAAUAAGGCGGCAGCAGCAACAAAAGCAACAGCAGCAAGAGGAACAUUUACAGCAGCAGCAACGGCAACAUCGACAACGUCACGAUAGUGUACAGUAUUUUUCAUUCUGCCCCUGGCAGCAGCACCAAGCAGUUGACAAUUUUCAUAACGGUGAUGAUUAUAAUAACAGUGAAUUGUACCUGAGCAAUACAAAGGCACAUGGUGAUCUAGAUGCUGAUGCUAUACGUGUUCAUAUAACACCUGUGCACCGUACAGACAUAGGCGCAGACGUAGGAGCAGACGCAUCAAUCACAGCCACAAUCACAGACAAGAUUAUGUGUGAUUUCACCUGGCAGCAGGGCACCGAUACAAACACAAACAGUAACAAUAACAGCAGUAGCAGCAGUAACGGUAACUCAAACGGCAACCUAACAGCCAUUAAGUCAAAAACGACAACAAACCUCGAUCAACAACACAAGUUGUAUGAAAUUAUCGAUAACCUGAGCCAAUUGAGCGUGAGCGAUUACGGCUGCGAUACGCAACUGCCAAAAAUCACGUUGACCGAUUGCACUCAACAGGCAGCAGCGGCACUCGGUUUUAGUUUGAGUCUCAGCGGUAAUUUUGAUAUUAUUGCCAGCAAAUUGCAAAUACCCAACGAAGUGGAUUAUCGCAGCGAAGCUAGACCACCGUAGGCAAUCACAUAUAUAAAACCAAACAUACAU